AUGAAGCUCACUAACCAGUCUGAGGUGCCUGUUUACACCAUCUCGGGAUCUAAUACUGCUAGACCACUCCCAGAAUGGCUUGCGAGACGCCGAAAGCGCAGUUUGAAAGAUGAUCCUGAGUAUGCAAACCGAGUGGAGUUACUCCAAGAUUUCGAGUUUGAGGAAGCUAGCCACUGUGUUCGAGCCAGCGACGAUGGUGACUGGGUCAUGAGUACAGGAACUUACAAGCCGCAAAUCCACACCCAUUAUCUCCCCCAAUUGUCUCUGUCCUGGGCCCGGCACACCGAGGCUCUGAACACAACUUUCAUCCUUUUAUCCUCUGACUACUCCAAAUCCCUCCAUCUCCAAUCCGACCGUUCUCUUGAAUUCCACACACCGUCAGGAUGUCACUACAAAACCCGUCUGCCUCGAUACGGACGGGAUCUUGUAUAUGAUCGACAAUCGACCGAGGCGUUCAUUCCCUCUGUCGGUGUGAAUCCGGAUGGUAUGGGUGAAGUCUUUCGUUUGAAUUUGGAGCUUGGUAGGUACAUGCGCAGUUUCGAGGUAGAUGUUGGUGGAGAUGAUUUCCAUUCUACCGGAGGCGGUACCCUGCAGGGUGGUAUUAAUACUGGAUCUAUCAAUACUGGUGCGAUUGCCGAGGAGAGUCAUAAUUUGCUCGCCUUUGGUACUUCUACUGGAACAGUGGAGUUGUGGGAUCCUAGAGCUAAGGGCCGAGCGGGUGUACUGUUACCGCCCACUCAACAGUUCAAUGAGGGACGGUCUGGAAUUACCGCGUUGGAGUUCCAACGCUCAGGUCUGACUCUCGGAACCGGCUCCUCGAAUGGUCUGAUUCAUCUUUACGAUUUGCGGUCCCCCAUUCCCCUCCUGAAGAAGGACCAAGGAUACGGCUUCCCCAUUCACACACUCAAAUUCCUGCAGCCCUCCACUGAAACCCGCGAAGCAACUUUGGACCCCAAAAUCAUGUCGGCAGAUAAGCGUAUCAUCAAGAUCUGGGAUCCCCGUGAUGGUACCCCAUGGACUUCUGUUGAACCCGCGGUAGAUAUUAACUCGGUGGCCUGGUGCAAGGACAGCGGAAUGCUCCUUACAGCCAAUGAAGGCAGACAGCAACACUCGUUCUUUAUCCCUCAACUUGGACCGGCACCGAAGUGGUGCUCUUUCUUGGACAACUUGGUGGAAGAAAUGGCAGAAGACCCCAACGACCCGAACGCCUUCAGCAGUGCUCAAGCUGGUGCUGUUUACGACAACUUCAAGUUCUUGACGGUGCCUCAGCUCAACACUCUGAACCUGGAUCACCUCAUUGGACGUACAAACCUAUUGCGACCAUACAUGCACGGUUACUUCGUGGCCCAGAGGUUGUACGAGGAGGCGAGAUUGAUCGCCAACCCGUACGUCUGGGAGGAGGAGCGCGCCAAGCGAGUCAAGGAGAAGAUCGACAAGGAGCGCGAGAGUCGCAUUCGCGGAAAGAAGAAGGCUGCCGUCAAGGUGAACAAGAGGUUGGCGGAGAGAUUGAUGAACGCCGAGGAGAAGGCUGAGCGCAAGAAGGCUCAGCGGCUCCUUGCACGCGGUGGCGAUGAAAAGACGGCCGAUGCUGGUGAUUCUGCCCUUACCACAGAGGAGCCCAAAGAGAAGGGUGUUCUCCGCGAUUCCCGUUUCACCAAGCUAUUCGAGGACCAGGACUUCGCUGUCGACGAGACAUCUCGCGAAUUCCAGCUUAUCAACCCCAGCACCGUGCCCGACCAGGCCACAAGAAAGGAACGUGGUCUUACUGCAGUGGAGCAAGAAGAUGUCGAUGACGUUCCUGGAUCUAGUGGCGACUCCGACUCCGACAGCGAACGUGAAGAGAGACCUGUCAAGGAGAAGGCUUCCAAGAAGAUCUCCUCCGCUGACUACAAACGAACAAAGCGUCCUCCUCCUCGCAUGCAGGUUUCUUCGUCGGCACGCACCAACUCCACACGCGACCGCUCAUUUGGCUCUCGUGCUCAGAACAUGAAGUCAAAACCGAGACACGCACGACAGGGUGGCCCUGUUGGCGAAAGGGAAGUCAGCUUCAUGCCCGCCUCCAAGUCCAGAAACCAGAAGCCCGAGGUUCAGUACGACAAGACUCCUUCUUCUUCCUUCCGUUCAAAGGAACGCCGCAGUGCUUCCAACAACGCCUUCCGCGGUAUGUAA